CGCCGCGCGCUGCCGGCUCCUCGUGUCCUCUCGCGUCAGCGCUCGAGGCCAGCCGUGACUGUCAGCCGGACCUCCCCUCCGUCACCUGGGGGUGGGGGACUGAACAGAACACCUCCCCGUCCACACCGCUGCCUGGUUAGUGGUUCCUCUUGAAUCCUCCCCGUUUGCGUUGCAUUUCUACUGGGCUCGAUGGAUUCGUUCGAGAUGGCUGGUGCUUCUUCUUGAAGCCAGGCUGAGUUUGUGUAAAAAAAAUCUGAUUUUUAGGUCGGAUGCGCGCUGGAUUCCGGAGUCGAAUUGUGCUUGGAUGGUCUGGUUAGGACAUUCUUGGAUCGACGUAACUGGAAUUGUUGAGAGCCUGGAGCAUCGUUGCACAUUCUGGAGAUUCUCCACUCCCUGAUACAACUCCGUCCGUGUCAGCAAGAUGUCACGCCAAUCUGCUAUCUCGCUAGUGAGAGAUCGGGCGAAGGUGGGGGCGCUGAAGCGUCUUACUCUGAGCUCGUCGAAGAUGGCUGGAAGGAACUCAGCGGGGCGCAUCACCUCUUUCCACCGCGGCGGAGGGGCCAAGAGGUUGCAGAGGAAAGUCGAUGUCAAGCGGGGGACCUCCUCCAUGGGCAUUGUCGAACAGAUCGAGUAUGACCCGAAUCGCUCCUCUAGCAUUGCUCUGGUGCGAUGGGUCCAAGGGGUACACUUCCGUGGCCACAGGAUUCCACAAGAGCCCAGUGUCAAGUCCCAAACCCUAGAAUCUACCACGGCAGAUGUCUCCUGUCGGUUUUCCCUUGCAACAUCGUCUGACAGAGAGUAUAAAGGAAAGGAAGCUUCUUCUGCAGUGUACUCUGCUCUGGGCAAUGGAGAUAUUCCAUCUGUGAACUCUGGUGCAUCAUUGAGCUUACCGAGGAUAGCUUUAGCUGGUGCAAGGCCUGCUUUCUUCGCUCAAGUCAGAGGAAAUGAAGAAGGGAAACAGACAUUUUCUCUUUCUGGAAUUCAAAAAUGGGCAACAGAUGAUGCGCUUUGGGCACACAGAAUGAAGCGUCAAGCUGCUCUCUCCUGGCAGAAUGACCUGAAGAAGAAAUCUUUGCCUUUGACACAAAGCACUUGUUACAUUGGUAGAUUUGCUUGCUUAUGGAUUUCGAGGGUGAAAGAAUUUUCUGCUCCUAUGUACCUGAACAUUGAGUUCAUGUGCUGCGAACUGCAAAGGAUCAGCCAACACAUGGGUCUGACCGUCUGAGUACUCGUGGUUUAGGGGAGGGAGGCGAUUCAGGAGGUCCAUGUUGCAGCUACACAAAGGUAAGAAAUUCCUUUGCUGCUCUGUGUAGUGGAUUUCUGAUGCUACAUGUGACUAUGUCGAGUGAUUUUGUUAAUCUUAUAAACUUUGAAAGCAUAGUUUACAAUCUGUGGCAUGGUUUGGCUAUGAAUGUUUUAUCUCAGUUUCCUAUGAGAAGCCCUUUGACAGUGGUAUUUUCAUUAGGCAGGUUGUUUUGAUCUUGGAAUCUUUUUUUUUUCUACGAGUAGAUGAGUAAAUGGCUUGUUGCUUUCAGAAUAGCUGCUUGGGAAUUGUGGUGACAUACAUGUCAGGAUUGAAGGCUUGCACAUACCAUACCAAGGAUUUUAGUUCGCAAGUUGUGCCAUGAUAUUAGUUCGCAAAUUGUUCAUGCUUCCAGCUUCUAUUAGUUUUACACUUCUCUUUGUUUAUCCAGAUGAUAGAUAUUUGUGAUCUGUGUAGAAGAUUGAAUUGAUGUUUGUUUUCAUAUGCCUGUGCAUCAACAUUGCAUCCGUCCAAUUACAUGGUAUGUCCUGAACUCAGGAAUUUAGGAAGGGGUAUCACUGCAGUCAGCCAGUCAGGUGCAUCCAGGGUCUCCAUAUUCUUGUGACCAUACUUCAGAAGUUACCCCCUGCUAUGAAAUUGAUGAACCUUUUUCAUUGCUACAGCUUAUCUGCUUCAUCUUGUGAAGAAUUUUGGAAAGCAGAACUAAGCAAUGACACUGGGAGUUGCAGCAAUAAUAAGCUCAGUCAAUAGGUAAACUAGACAAAACACUCUUCAGUAGUUCUCAACAAUGUUAUGAGCUCAACUAUAUUUCAUAUUGUUGCUGCUCUGAAUUAUUUUUCCAUAACUCAAACCUAGGGAUAGUUAGGAUGUUUGCUUUGCCUGGUAGUGAAGGAUUGAUGCUGUCAUCAUCUUGGGCUCCUCAAUGUCGUCAAAGCAUGAAGUUAUGCCCAAGCCAAAUUUUGUUGUUAACCUCACAUUCAAAUGGCACUAUCAUUUUACUUCCUAUUGCAGAUGUGCUCUCUGAAUAUAUUGGCUAUUUUUUCUGGAAAGAAAAGAAAAACUAUGUGAAGCUAUUUUUGCAAGAGCUGUUGAGAAUUAGUAUUUGGUGGUGCCAUCAGCCACAACGAAAAACUUGAGUGCUGGCCUCCUAGCUUGGUUCGCUGAUGUCUUUGUAGGCAUGUCACAAGGCUCUCUUAUAAUGGUCAAUGAUCCACUGCCAGUAUAAAAAAGCUCCUGGUAUAACAGUAUAAUUGAUGCAAAUCGUGAUCACAUUGUGCAUACUCAAGAGUAAGGAUUGAACAUGUGUUGCUUGCAUACACUGUAGUCAAUUCAAUUGUAUAAUUUGGUGUUUCCAUUAAGCUUCCUUCUUUACAAAUUAUGUGUGCAUUAUACAUUGUAUGGUUCCAUAUAUCAAUAUAUGCAUAGUGAAGAAAUUUUACCUACACGCUA